UCCCUCGGAAGAGCAGCGGCUCUUUGCCAUGUCAGACCCACAGUGGAUGUGUCUGACGUGAAGGAUCCCCGAGCAGCGUGCACGUUGAUGUAUCUCCUAUUCAUAUUGACUGGGAGCUUCUCGUGUUUAGGAUGCGUCCUCCUCUUCUCCGUGGCGCGGCGUACUCGGUCUGCCUGCCCCUCCUAGCGCUCCUCCACUGGGCUCAGCCUGUCGUGCAAGGCGCUGUUUAUCACGGAGAAAAGAGUGCAGUGCACAGUUAUGACAUAACCUAUCCAAUAUGGUUGCAUCAUCACAGACACAGCAGGUCUGCCAACAGAGAGCACCCUGUGGAGACUCAAGUUGUCAUCUCGGCUGAAGGCCAGCAGCUGAAGCUGCACCUGCAGAGAAAUGAGCAGCUGUUGACCGCUGGAUAUCAAGAAAUAUGGUACACUCCAGAUGGAAGCCGCAGGUCCUCCUCCCCAGUCAACAUGAAUCACUGCUUGUACCAUGGAGAGGUUUUGGGUGUAGAAGGUUCCAGCGUCGCUGUCAGCACAUGCGCAGGACUCAGGGGAAUAAUUUCUCUAAACACAAGCGUCAGCUACCUCAUUGAGCCCCUUUCCGCGGCUACGCCUCAGCACGCUGUUUUCCGAGCCAAGAGUGUCACUCUACCUCCAAGUAACUGCCUGCAGCACCAAAACAAAGAGCUGGAAAACUUCCUCCAAGGGAUGACAUCACAACAAAGGAUAAGGGAAAGAAGAGAUGUGAGUCGGAAUAUGAAAUAUGUGGAACUGUUGCUGGUGGCAGACAAGGCUGAGUUCGACAAACAUGGGAGUAGUCUAGACAAGACCAAACUGAAAUUACUGGAAGCUGCCAAUUUAGUUGACAAGUACUACAAGGCUUUGAGCAUCCGUGUGGCAUUGAUUGGUCUGGAGGUGUGGACCAGCCAGGACAUGAUCACAGUCUCCGACAAUCCUCACAGCACGCUUGCAGCAUUCCUGUCCUGGAGACGCAAACAGCUCAACGUGCUUCCUAACGACAACGCUCAGCUUAUCACGGGACGGUCAUUCCAGGGUGCGACCAUCGGACUGGCACCUCUCAGAGCCAUGUGCUCUGAAUACCAAUCUGGUGGAGUAAACACAGACCACUCAGAGUCAGCUGUUGGCGUCGCUGCCACCAUGGCGCAUGAGAUGGGCCAUAACUUUGGUAUGAGUCAUGACAGCGUUGGAUGCUGCCAGGCCAAAGAUGAGGACGGGGGUUGCAUCAUGGCAGCUGCUACUGGACACCCUUUUCCACGUGUGUUUAAUGCUUGUAACAUGCGGGAGCUGAAGAGCUACCUGAACUCCGGAGGAGGCAAGUGUCUCUUCAAUGUACCAAACACCAGAUCCAUGUAUGGAGGGCAGCGUUGUGGCAAUGGCUACCUUGAGGACGGGGAGGAAUGUGACUGCGGCGAGGAGGAGGAGUGUACCAGCCCCUGCUGUAACGCAAACAAUUGCACUUUAAAAGCCGGAGCUGAGUGCGCCCAUGGUGUCUGCUGUCAUAACUGCAAGCUGAAGAGUCCCGGGGUGCUGUGUCGUGCCCCAUCAGGCCAGUGUGACCUGCCGGAGUACUGCGAUGGAAAGGCAGAGGCUUGUCCUGCCAACUUUUAUUUGGUGGAUGGGACAUCGUGUGCAGAUGGGGAGGCUUACUGUUACACGGGAAUGUGCCUCACACUGGAGCAACAGUGCCGGUCACUAUGGGGACAAGAUGGCCGUCCAGCUCCUGACGUGUGUUUUAAGAAGGUUAACGAAGCAGGGGACAUGUAUGGGAACUGUGGCAAAGAUGUCUUUGGGAAAUACAGGAGCUGUAAGGACAGAGAUGCUAAAUGCGGUAAGAUCCAGUGUUUAUCUUCAGCGUCCAAGCCAAUUGAGAGCAAUGCAGUGCGUAUCGAGACCACAGUGAGUGUGGGCAACAAUAGGGUGAAGUGUAUGGGGACACAUGUCUACAAGCCUGGGCAGAUUGAUGAGGAGGUGCAGGGAGACACUCUGGACCCAGGCCUCGUCAUAACGGGCACUAAAUGUGGCGAUGACUCGAUUUGCUUCAAUGGCGAAUGUCGCAAUGCAUCUUUCCUCAGGGCUGAUGACUGCCAUGCCAAAUGCAAUGGGCACGGGCUGUGUAACAACAACCACAACUGCCACUGUGAGAAUGGCUGGGCUCCUCCUUUGUGUGUCCAGUGGGGGGCUGGUGGGAGUGCGGACAGUGGACCUGUCAUCAAACACAGCAAUAUUCUUCCCGCCCUGCUGGUCCUUCCUCUGUUUAUUUUUGUCCUGUUGGCUGUUGGACUGUGGUGCUGCUACAAACAUAAACUCAAGUCACUUAAAAGCCCAGCUGCUCUACCUGUACCAAGUUGUUCGGUGCCAGUCGAAGCCAAAUCUCUGCACACUGACGGUCAUGGGAACGGUCACACCAACCCCACAUUCUUGCUAAAGAAGCAAGACACAGACCAACAGCGAAAGUCCCCUCCCCAUCUGAGACAGGCGCAUCCAACGCGCUCCAAACUUGCCAUCGUGCGUCCAACAGUGAAACCACCACCUGUCCCAAUCCAUAAACAUGAGCAGAGGCGAAAACAAGCACCUUCGCCACCCUCAGGACCUGCACCUUCACUUUCACCUUCUGAUCCCCGGCCAGAACCACCUAGCAGGCCUCCCCCAACUUGUCCUGUCAGCACACCGUCAGUGCAAGCAAGAGGCCAAAUCGUCACCGCCAAUGCAUUGCUGAAGGGAAAAGCUGCUUUGGCGCCAUCUGCUGGACAUAAAAAUGCAAACAGAUCUUAAAUCUCAGGGAGAUGUUGGGGACCAAUGCCACCACGUACGAAAAUGACACACUGUACUUGACACCCUGGACCUGUGGACUGCAUUUUAUUUACAUGGUGACUGCGGGGGAAAGAAAUGUGAAUUAUUUGAUGUGAAUGUCAGCUGUGAUGAAACAUUGUCUGCAAUAUUUAUUCCAAAGCAAAGAAAAAUGAAUGUUUACAUGAUCUAAUAAACGUGGUGCCUCUGAAAGAGCACCAGCUGUAAAUGGAUAUCUUAUAUUAAGAAAAUAUGCCAGUGCUGAAGUGCUUCUUAUGCUUCUUAUUUGUGGGUAAUACUGGAAUUUUAACUGCGCCUGCCUGUAUGGGCACCAGGCAGACACGAUAGGAAUAGAUGGCAGAAGUGUAGCAGAUGUCUUUUUUGAUAUUUUUUUUUAUUUACAGCAAAGAUUCCAGUAUAAUAAAUACACGAUAUCAUAUUUGUUUAAGUACAAUGGAUAUACUGUAUGUUCCUUUGUCUUGAUUUGUACAGUAUCAUUGAUAAUAAGCAUUGCAACAGGGAAACCUGUAUCAUGAAGGUACCAUUCAAGGUUUGGGAAGUAAUUGGUGUUAAAAGUAAUAUGGAAACACAGCUGCCAUAUUUUGUCUUCUCCAAAGAACUUCUAUGCAAACUCAGGCAUUGUAAUUUCAUCUCAUUUUCGA